AUGGCAUCGUCAACAAUUCAGACGGUCGAGCCGGUGACAUAUCGCCUGAAGGCUGAAGCCAAGCCUGAGGAGAUCACCUAUGGAUUCUUGAGAAGCAAGAUCCCUGCUCAUUGCUUUGAGCGCUCUGCGAUCAAGUCCCUCGCCUACCUUUUCCGUGACUUCGUCUACUCUGCUGUGCUCGUCUAUGCAGCUCUUCACAUCGAUCUCUUGCCGACUACCACACAGCAGGUCUGUGCUUGGAUUGCCUAUACUUUCCUCCAGGGCUGCGUUGGCGUUGGAAUUUGGAUUAUCGGCCACGAGUGUGGACAUGGUGCUUUCUCUGCGUUCCCCAUGCUGAACGAUGUCGUUGGCUGGGCUGUUCACUCCCUGCUUAUGGUGCCGUACUUCUCGUGGAAGAUCAGCCACGCCAGACACCACCGUUACCACUGCCACAUUGAGAAGGACACCGUUUUCGUUCCUCCUACUGAGGAGGAGCGCAAGGACCGCGUGCCCACCGUGCUUGAGAAGCUGAAGGAGCUCUUCGAGGAGACUCCUUUCUACAAUGCCGUCGCUCUUCUAGGCCACCAGGUUCUUGGAUGGCAAUUGUACCUGAUGUUCAACGUCAGCGCUGGUAGCAAGAGUCUGCCCGAGAAGGCGUCUGCCCCCAAGCCGCUCCGUAACAGCCACUUCGACCCUCUCGGCUCCCUCUUCACCGAUUCCCAGGCUCACCUUAUUGCCAUCACUGAUAUUGGUCUUCUGAUUGUCGGUGGUACUCUCUACUACCUGGCCACUCAGAUGGGAGCUUGGAAGAUUGCCCUGCUCUACGUUGUGCCCUACUUCUGGGUUCACCACUGGCUUGUUGCCAUUACCUACCUGCACCACACUCACCCGUCUGUGCCCCACUACGAUGCGGAUGCAUGGACCUUCGUCAAGGGUGCCCUCUCCACCGUUGACCGCCGCUUCGGCUUCAUCGGUCGUCACUUCUUCCACGAGAUCAUCGACUACCACGUUGUUCACCACCUGUUCCCCAAGAUUCCCUUCUACCACGCCGAGGAGGCCACCAAUGCGAUCGUCCCCUACCUCGGUGACCAGUACCACCUCGACGAGGGCCUUUUCCUGAAGUCCCUGGUCGACACCUUCACCACCUGCAAGGUUGUCUCCGACGUCAACUCGGACGGUGUUCUGCACUGGAAGUUCCCCGAGGAUGGAGCCAAGAAGCAGAACUAG